CUAUAUAACGAUCAAUCUCAGGUCACUUUAAAAUGCCGAGGUAUCUAAGGGUUGCAGACAUCCCCGCAAUAUUGCAAGAAUUGCGUGAUGGGGAAAAUCCAACACCGCCUGUGUAUCAGCUGGACGCAUGGCAGAAGAAAUGGUGCGCGUUCCCUCAAGAACCUGAACAGGAUGCCGCUGUGCUCUCGUACCGAUGGCGCAUACGAGGCCGCAACGAGAACAUCCGCGACUUCAAGACAUGGCUUGCCGACUGCGGCAGGGAAGGCUACGCGGUGCACGACCUUCGGGACGGACCUGUUGAGGUGGACUGGUCCCUGGCGGACGGCCACGCAAUCCAAAUCGAGGUUGCCGCCUGGCUGCUGUGGCUGUACACCAACAAGGUGGCCACGUACGUGUGGGUGGACCAGAUGUGCGUUCCGCAGGACGCCGACCUGGAGGAGAAGAUGGGCCACAUCAAGGAGAGUCCCGCCAUCUACACCGCCGGCAAGGUGUACGUCAUGAUUGCUCCCGUGGUGGACUACACCUCCGGACGCAUCAUGAACAGCCAGGACGCUCGCGCCAUCGUACGACAGUACAACGACGAGAUGAACGCUCACCGCGGCGCCGGCUUCCUGAGUCGCUCCGCCGUGAAGGCUCUGCUGGUCAACAACUCGUACAUGCGCCGCGUGUGGACCAUCCAGGAGGCGGUGGCGGCGCGCAACCUGGUGGUGUGGCCGCUCAAGGGCAGCGGCGAGGUCAACUCCUACCAGAGCAUCUACGUGGUGGACUGGCCGGAGUUCAACGCCUGGAACGGCCACCCGAAGCUGGGCCCGCUGUACCUCAAGUACGCCGAUGAGGCGCUGAACGACUACUACGAGGGAGACUACACGGGGCUGCUCAGGGUCCUCCGCGAGCACCCCUCCGACGGCAUCGGCUACCUUGCCAUGGUGUCCAAGGACGUCAUGUGGAUCACCAUGGACCGCAACGGGCUCAUCAACGACAUCAAGAAGGCCGACUCGGCGGCCAAGAAGGCGUUCGUGCUGCUCAAUAACCACCAGGUCCAGAGCGCUCGCUCCUUCCUGGCUGAGGACCGCGUGCUGGCGCUGGUGCCGCUGGUGGACUACCGCGGCUGGAAGGCGGCCACGGAGGGGGUGCCGGGCAGGCACCUGGUGCAGGCCAGUGUGGCGUGGGCGUACGGCAUCAUGGAGAGGCAGCUGGCCACGUGGAAGUGGUCCAUCCGCGUGUACAACGCGCCCCGCUGCCACGCUCGCGGUCUGGAGCUGCUGCAGCCGCGACGCAACCUGGGCGACAGCACCGCCAUGCACGGAGCCACUCCGGACUGGAAGCUGGAGAUCCCACCCGAGGGCGGCACCCUGACGCUCACCCCUCCUCCGCCGCACCCCGACGAGAUGGUGACCGCCGCCCUGCGCACCUGGGGCGCCCUGGAGGCCAACCCGCUGCACCCCAAGGUGGUCGCCUCCGUGCUCAUGGGGCACCCGGGGCAGGCCAAGAACUGGGGUGGCGGCCCCUGGACCCACAUCCGCGACGUGCUGGAGACGGACGAGGUGUUCCGCCUGUCCGUGCAGUGGGCGCUGGAGUCCUGGCGCAACCCGGAUCUGGGCGUCGAUUCGGAGAAGUCGGCGGUGAUUGUGGUGAAGGGUGGCGGCCUGGAGAACCCCGCCAUAAUUAUCCUGGGGCUCACCGCUGGGGAGCAGCAGCCUACAACCGGCCAGGUGAUGAUGGUUGUGGAGGUGUGCCACCACAAGCUGUCGGCGCUGCUGGACGGGCUGCAGCUCAAGUGCAUGGGCCAGCUGAAGACGCCCAUCACCGCACUCAGCGCGGGUAUCGUGCCGCCGCCCCCGCCGCCGCCGGAGCCCGUGGUUGCCCCUGCGCCCUCGGAGCCCGAGUGGCAGGUGGUCAGCGUGCCGCCGCAGGAGGAGGAGCCAGCGGCGCCGCAGGAGGCGGCGGCGGCGGCGGCCGAGGAGGCAGCGCAACCCCAGGAGGAGGAGCCUCAGAAGAAGGAGGCGGCGGCAGCGACUGUGGUGGAUGUGGCGGCGGAGGCAGUGCCCGCAGGCGCUACGGAGGUGGCGGAGCAGCCCGCGGUGGUGGGGGCGGAGCCGGCUGCUGCGGAAGGGGCGGCGGCUGCUGAAGAGCCGGCUGCUGCUGCCCCUGCCGCCGCCUCCGCCCCUGCAAGCGCCGCUGCCGCAGCUCCCGCCCCUGCAAGGCCCGCCUCGGGCGCUGCCGCUGCUCCCGCGCCGGCAAGGGCCGCUUCAGCCGCUGCGAGUGGGGCCGAGGUUGCGCCCGAUGUGCCCCCCGGUGCGGCCAUUCAGAAGGGCGGCGUGAGCGGGGUGCCCAACAGCGGUGUGGAGGUGGCGGCAGGUGCCAAGUACGCGGGCAUGGCGCCCGUGGCGCAAGACGAAGGGCCGUGCAAGGGCUGCGUGAUCUGCUGAGGUUACACCUGCGUGUGCUGGUUGGGGGUGUGAGGGAGGAGCAGGUAGGCAAGAAAAGAUGUGCAGGUCGGGGGUUUGCACGGAGUAAACUCAUUGCUCGUGAUUGAGUUUGUUAUCUGGACUGUGAGGACUAUCCCUUCUUCGAUUCGCAUGACGUGCACAGGAUGGUCGUUUGUAAACUGGUUGCAAUUACCGGUACCGUAAGUCAACAGGGUGCCUUCGAAAGUCGUCCUCGGUGUUUACUUCGCAUUCUGGUCGGGGUGCUUGUAUAUGUUAGCGACAGAGGCCUAUGUACACCACUGCUCGUGGCUUGUGACGGAUUGUAACCUGUGGUUAAAACCCUAAAUCCUUAUUAUCUGUGGGUGGAGGUUAUGUGAUGUACAGUACCUAUCGUGUACGGCACAAGCUGCUGGGCGGCUGCUAUGCGUCUGCGUGUAUGCAGCUGGGAAUGCCCCAUGCCCGUGCUAUAGGCAAGCAGCAGGUGUACGGCUUGAGGCCUCAAUAACUUGUGAACAUUAGUAAAAUGGUAUAUAUACGUGUGAUCUAGGUGAGCAUGGUUGGUCAGGUGCGUUGAAAGGUGGAGGGGUUACGGAGCGCAACGGUGACGGAGCG